CAAGUUAAACAAGAAAAAAUUUGUGCCUUGCAUGCCACGUCAACUAAAAACCCUCUACAUCACCUCUAAAUUCUAUCUUGAUAAUCGAACGAAUUCUCAUAUUGAAUGCACACUGUUAAAACUUAAAACAGUGUCUUGUGUGAUCUCCAUCGAGUGAGUGUAAUACUACAAUUAAGAGCUAAGAUUCAUCCAUAAAGAUCAAGAAGUUUUUUUUUUCACAUUGAGAAUGAUUUCAAUUUUAUUUAGAACUACAAGUAAAAUUCGCAACGAUGUUUAAAAAUAGAAUAAUUUGCGGGCCGUUGAGUUAAUCGAUCCAUACACUGAAUCACUGACUGAUACAAGUGGAUGCAUACGCAUGCACCAACAGGCAACAGCUACAGCAAUGCAAACCCCAAAAAUAGUAGUACUGGAAAUUAACAAGACUAAUUAUAUGCUUAGCGACACCACCGACCAUCUCGUAGCUUUUAAUAAUAACUAGUUUUUUGGCUCGCGCUUCGCUGCGGUAAGAAACUAAUUAUAUUUAAAAUUUAUUUUAUUUAUUUUAAGGUUAAAUGAAAUUAAAUAAUUCACAUGUGUAAAAUACCUUCAUAAAAAUUACGUAGUGUAUUAAUCAUUACGGAAUACUUACCUCUCAUAUGUUUAUUUAAUUGAUACCAAAGAAAUAAUUAUCUAUCCAUAAGAUUUAUGUAAUGUAUUUUAAUUCACGUCAUUAUCAUAGAACAGUGUUACGUAAAUAUUUUAUAAUGUCUGAUCUAAUAAAAAAUCAAAUAAAAACAAAUUUGAUCAAACUAUUAUGUAAAAGUUAACUUCCCUUAUAGAACAUUUGUGUAAUGCAAAUUGAUAAGAUGAUGAAUAGUGUAGUCAAUAAUAAAUAGAUUUUACUUAAUUCUAAAAUAAUUAAGUUAUAAAAAGUAUCACAUUUGUUUAAAAUGUUAUGUAAACAAUCACUUACCUUAAACCUGUGUGUUAUGCGAAUUGAUGGUCAAAAGUUUAUUAAUAAUAAGAGAAUAUUUGUUCAAAUUUGUUCAAACUUAUAUUACGAAAGGCACCUUGAGACUGAAGUCAUAUGUUUGUUUAAUGAACUUGAAGGGAUUGGUUUAUUGGUAUGGUGGAGAUAAUAACAUGGAUUCAAACCUUGAGUCAAACGACCAACAACAAAAAAAAUAUGUUAUUACUGUAAAAAAAUAUGUUAUUAAUUGUACAUAAGAAAUCACUAUCCCAACAUAAGUUUUAUGUGUUUUUAAUUAAUAUGAAAGACUUAAGUAAUGUAUUUGCCGUUAAUACAUAAGAAAUAACUAACUCCAUAAUUUCUAAAUAAUAUAUUUGCAACUUAUCUUCUUAAUAUAUAGUCUAACAAUAAUUGAUUGUACAUAACUUUUGUGUAUUACAAAAAAAAAUUAGAUGGCCAACAGUUUUGUUAAUGAUAAACGUAUUUUUUCAAAAUGCGGCUAUGCCUGUGUAUUUUUUAAAAUUUGAUAUUAUUGUCACAAAGUGCAUUCUUAUAGAUAUCCAUGUGUAUUUGGCAAACAAAGUAUUUUAAACAUGAAAAUUAAUCUGAAUUCGGCUUAACGUCAAAUUGGUGGGUGCAACAAAGGAAUUAAGUUAUGAACAAUAUCACAUUUGAUUGAACUACCAUAUAAAAAAUAAUAGACGCACGCAAAUUUUGUGUAAUGCAAAAAGAUGAGAGAUCAAAGGUUUAGUUAAACAAAUGUUAUAUUUCAAAAUGUAUUUAUAUCUAUAUAUUUUACAAAAUUUGGCUAUAUUGUCACAAAAUGCAUCCUAUAAUUAUUGGGUGUAUUUUGCCAAUAUUCUAAAUUCAGAUUAAUGUUUAAUUGGUUGGGCAAAGUAACUUCCAGUCUUCGCUCCUUGAUUUCUUCUUAUAAAAGAGACAAAAAAAAAAAAAAGGUUUGACAACUUUCCCUCUGCCAUAGCUAGGAUCUCGGCCUAAGGUUGAUCAGCCGCCAGGGGGCUCCACGGGGAACUAAUCUACAAACAACCACAUAAUAUACAAUUCCUUAAUGAACAGUAUUUUCACUUAUUAAUUGGGUUUUGCGUAUUUUUCGUAAGGAACAGUAGAAAGCUUGCGGUAACUUGGGCUUUAAUAGUUCUAAUAAUUUAUGAGCUCAAUAAUUGAACUACAAAUUUCUAAAUCGAUCUUCUUCUUUUUUUUUUUUUUUUUUUGUAAGAUAUCUACAUUUGUUUAAUUUUGACUAUUUUUAUGUCUUAAUAGUAAUACCCAUGUAGCUAUAAAUACACAAGCCAGGGAAGCAGCUGGAGGAACUAUCCAAGGCAGCAAUUAAUUAAGCAUCUUCUUUCUAAUUUGUUGAUACAAUCAUCAUAUCAUAUAGGUAUGGGUUCUAUCAUUGUAGCCCCUAGUGAUCUAAAGGUUCCCUUCAUCAACCUCUCAAAGCAGCCUCAUGAUCUGAAACCAGGCACUCCCCAUUGGGAUUCCUUGAAAUCCCAAGUUCGAGAAGCAUUCGAAAACUAUGGCUGCUUCGAAGCUUCCUUCGACAAGGCGUCUAGGGAGCUUCGAAGCGAUGUUUUCGAUUCAGUGGAGGAGCUUUUCGAUCUGCCUUUGCCAACCAAACAAAGGGCUGUCGUUCCCGAUACAUUUCACAAAGGUUACAUGGGGCAGCAUCCUAUAUAUCCAUUCUAUGAGAGCUUUGGGCUAGACGAUCCUACCUUGCUUGAAUCCGUCCAGAACUUCUCCAACACAUUGUGGUCCGAAGGAGGAAAUCCCGGUUUCAGCAAAAACAUUCACUCCUUGUCGGAGAUGAUCUCUGAAUUGGAUCAAACGGUGAGGAGAAUGAUACUGGAGAGCUAUGGUCUCGAAAAAUAUAUGGAGGAGCACAUGAGUUUCACAAGUUACCAUUUGAGGGUCAUGAAAUACGAAGUAGCUGAUGACUCGAAAUCGAAAGAAACCCUUGAUCCAAAACUUGUGCUUAGAGUGCACACGGAUAAAGGCUUGAUCACCUUACUGUGCCAGAAUGAGGUUGGGGGGCUGGAGUUUCAAACCAAGGAAGGUGAGUGGGUUAGUUACCAGCCGACCUCUCCUAGCUCUUUCAUCGUCUUGGCUGGUGAUGCUCUUCAUGCAUGGCUGAACGGUAGGGUUCACUAUCCCUAUCAUAGAGUAAGGCUGUGUGGAAACGAUAAGCCGAGGUACUCGUUUGGCCUCUUCACAACCCCAAAGGCAGAGAACACUGUGAAAGCCCCACAAGAACUGAUCGACGAACAACACCCCUUACUGUUCAAGCCCUUUGUUUAUAAGCAGUAUCUUGACGUGGCUUAUACCCAAGCUGGUCGUAAAGAGAAUGCUCCUUUACGUGCAUUUUAUGGCCUCUGAAAAUAUAAAAUGUUGCAAGUAAAGCAGCUAGCUAGGUAGGGAUAUAUAAAUAUGUCCCCCUAGCUAGCUUGGCUUCAACUGCCAUGCAUAUCCACAAAACCUGUUCGGGUCAAGAUGUAAUAAGAUGGUCGGUGUGUUACCUAAUGUCGUCUUUGUAAUCCUGAUCAUUAUGUCUAUAAUUCCCAAGGGUACGUAAUUGGAUGCAAUGAAAUGCAGAAUGAACUUAAUUACACUGCCAACAAACAGAAUUUGGGCUAGGAAAAUAAACGACACAUGCCUGCCCUUAAUUAGUGCCAAAUUUCUAUGUUGUAUCGAUAAGAUCGUAUUCAUGCAACUGCAUGCGUACUACAGAUCAUCAAGUUAAUAUAAAUUAUCAAUUUCAAUCAUAAGUACUCUUAUCAUACCUACCUAAUGUAAAGAAUGACUAAUUAAUUUCCCCUACGUACGUAAUCUCCUUUGUUUACUAUUUCUAUAUAGAUUGCCUCUUCGGGCAUAUAUUCAGCCAAAUACAGGAGGACGGAUCAAUCAAAUGCUGUUUAUAUCAAAACUAGCUUCGUACCCGGCCAGUUGGCCGGGCGUGUUUGAUUUCCGAUACUUUUUAUAUUAGGAAUCGAUAAACAAUUACAAUAUAUUAUGAAUUUGAGUGUCUAAAUUAUAACCGAAAAAUCUAAUUUAUAUGAUCUAAAUUUAUAAACUUAUGAAAUUCAAAAAAAUUAAUAUAUGAUUUUAGAAUAAUUAAUUUAAGUUAACCUUUUUUAAUCUUGCAAUAUUUUGUAUUUACCAAAAGUCAAAAUUACUUGAUCUCCUAUUAUUGAUACAUCAAAUUAAAAGCCAAACCUAGUGAGCAAGCUUAUUCGAUAACAUUGAGUGAUGUUCGACUUAUCGCCAAUUAUAAUUUUUAACUCUGGCACAGACAUUAAUACUGAUGAUAAUACACAAAGUUUAGAUAAGUUACCGAUUCAUAAAUACCCACUUUCUCCACUUGAACAGAAAGUACAUUACGUCUUUCAACAUAGAACAGUUAAGUGUAUAUCAAAUUAAGGAACAUAAAACAUUUAAGCGUAUAGCAAAUUAAGGAACAUUAUAUGAGAUUGAAGAAAAAACAAUGUAACCUACAACGGUGGCAGAAGGCAACAAUGAGUUUACAAUUAAGGUACAACAAAAACAUAAGACAUAAGGCAUGAAGACACAAACACUUAAAUGAAGGAAUGUGCUACCAUAAAAAUUGAAUUUCACAGCGGAGAGAGAGGGCGGCAGGGAAAUCAACAUUGCUUUCUCAAUAAGAACGGAAAACCCCAAGUCAAAUCCCAGUGGAAGGAACAUAAAAAAGAUCAAAUGCAGCGACUGGAAGGGAAAAAGCAAAUGGAAGAAGCAUUGGGGGAGAAUUACAUAUGGAAACGAAACCCUUCAUAACAUGAUUAAUAUGGCCGCUGGAACACCGGUUGGAGCAUUUGGCGGGAAGAAGACUGGAAAUCGUCGCCACGUCGGAGGCAUAUGGCGAUGGUGGAUGGGUAGGAGGCAGAGGGUUGGAUGCCCGAAAGUUUGCGAAGGGGUUUUUAUGGGCCGAUGAGGAGAAAGAACCGUUGGGAUGACGGUUGGAGGAAGGAAUAAUAGAGUGGCUGACGUGGAUAGCGUGUAUGUAGAGAAAGGAUUACGUGGCAUGGGCAAAAAUUAGAAAGUCCUUUAAUAUUUUUAUAGAUUAUAUUACUCAUGCAAGUUGGUACCAAAUCCAUUCAUAUAUAUAUAUAUAUAUAUAUAACCUGUUAUUGCAGUCACAUGCAAACCCCCCAAAAAAAAAAUUAAUAAUGCAUCUGAUCAGCCAGCAAAAGGAAUCAAAAUAGGCUCUUAUAUAUAUGAAGCUCCCAGCUGUUCAAAGCUUCCAUUCAUAGAUUUCUCAAAGCCUAGCUUGGGUUGGGACGAUUCCCUGAAACCUCGAGUUUGAGGAGCGUAGACAUUCAACGAAGCGAUUCAUGAUGGUGAGAUCCGAAGUGAUAGUUUUGGUUCGGCGGGAGCACAACAGAUUUAUGCUGGUUUUAACAAAAUAUUUGAGAAACGUUAUAAUACCAAAUGAAUGUACAUAUAUAUAAUUUUUCUUAAAAUCAUUUAUAUGUAAUCUACAUCUAUAAUUAAAUAAAACUAGAUAAUUGGCCCGAGCGUUGCGUCGGGAACUUAGUAUAAUUUCAUUUUUGGUAUAUUUUUGCAUUUUUGGGAUUUUUUUGGGUAUGUUGUGAUAUUUUAUUUUGUAAGUAAAUAUCUUUAUACUUAUGGUCUAAAUCAUUUAAGCACCAAAUUAUUUAAGAGAAUGAAGUAUGCAAAAAUUUUGUUUGUUGUAAUACAUAUGUGAAAUUUAGGAAAAUGACCUUUGAAUAAUAGAAUGAAUGACUUAAUUGCUUUUGUUGAUACUUUUGAUAUAUUUGAGUACACUUAUAAUUGUACAUACAAUCUCAAAUGCUUACUCUAUAAAAGUGGGUUUCCGAGUGUCUUUUUCCGUUUCUCUCAAACAUUUCAAAUUUGAAUGAAUUGAAUCAAAUAAUUUUUUUGCAAAUAUGACACAACUUUCAAAUACAACGAAACAAACACAUUUUAUAUGGGUUCUUAGAUUAACAUUUAUCUUCGUAUCUAAAUUGUAAGAAGAGGAGCUCCAAGACUAUGCUCAUAAGCAUCAUUGAUUUCAUUUACAAAAAAAAAACCUUUAUGAU